AUGGCCGACAGCAAAGCUCCCAGGGAGCCACAGGAGCUCUACAUCCUGGUAACCGGCGCAAAUAGCGGUCUUGGCUUUUCGAUAUGCUGUCGCCUCGCCGAUGAAUUCCUUUCCUCGCACCACUACGAUGACUCCCUGACGAUUAUCUUUACGACCCGGAGCGCACGCAAAGCUGAAGAUACCCGUCGUCGCCUGGAAGCGCACCUACAACAAUCCGCGAACUCUACCUCGUCCAAUGCCGCACGGGUGAAAUUUGUCUCCGAGAGCGUCGAUCUAAACAAUCUCCUCUCUACGCGCACGCUCGCCCGCCGCCUCCUACAGACAGUCCCGAAACUCGAUGCGAUUAUCCUCAAUGCUGGAAUCGGCGGUUGGCAUGGAGUUAACUGGCCCGAGGCUAUCUGGGGCAUCAUCACCGAUCUUAUCUACCAAGUGACAUGGCCUACAUUCAAGCUAGCACACACGGGAGUCCUGACGGACAGACAAACUGAGAAAGAGGAGGAGCCAGCGCUAGGAAAUCUCUUCUGCGCCAACGUCUUCGGCCACUACAUGCUGGCACAUAACGUGGUACCCCUGCUGAAGAAGGCGCAGUCUCCUAACGGACCCGGCCGCGUCAUCUGGGUAUCCAGCAUGGAGGGAAACAUCAAUUUCUUCGAUAUCAACGAUAUCCAGGGCCUGUACACCAAGGCCCCCUACGAGUCCACCAAGGCUCUAACCGAUCUCUUGGCCCUGACCUCGGAUCUACCCAGCACCCGCCCAUGGGCCGUGGAUGGCUUCCUUCGUUCCGACAACGAGACCGAAGAUGAGAACCACGCGACAGCAGAACUAACACCAACCAUGUAUCUCUCCCACCCGGGCAUUUGCGCGACCUCCAUCAUGCCGCUUCCGUUCGGGUUGGCCUGGUGCAUGGUAGCUGCCUUCUGGCUCGCGCGCAUGCUCGGCUCACCCUGGCACACAAUGUCCACCUACCUUGGCGCCUGGUCUUCCGUUUUCCUCGCGCUAUCCUCACAAGGCGCGCUCGAUGCUGCCGAAUCACCAUACCGCCAUUCUGGCGGUGGCCGAGUGAAAUGGGGAUCCUCCGCGAACCGGCUCGGCGUGGCUAGUGUGUGCAGUACCGAGAUCGAGGGCUGGGGACACGGCGGUGUCGUUGGUGGACCCUUUCUUGACGCGGAUCGGAAUCGUCGUCGAAAGCGUGGGAUGGUCGAUUUGACGCGUGAGGAUAAGGAGAAUUUCGAGGAGCUGGGUCGCCAGUGUUGGAAGCAGAUGGAAGAGCUGCGGAUUAAGUGGGAUGCUAUUCUGGAUGAAGCUGAAAAGAAAAAGGCUGCAACUACAGCUGCAGCUGCGGCUGAGACUGCUCAGUGA